AUGUCUGCCGAACACAAAGACAACCACCCAGCUUCUCCCACUCACUACGAUGAGUCUACUCACACCACCGCCAACCGCGCAUCCGUCAAGGAUCAGCUCGCGACAUGGCACGUCGGUCGCGGCAACAAGUCUUUCGCUCGCGCCAUGAUUCCUACAUGGUACUCCCCUCCCUCGACAGAGGAACGGACCACCAAGAACCCGUUCAAGCUCUUGGGGAUGAUUGACAGAAUGGGAUGGCUCCUAUUCUUCUCUGGCUGGUUCGCCUGGACUUGCGACGGAUACGACUAUUUCGCCGUCCCACUCACUGUUCCUCAGCUUGCGGCCGCUUUCGGUGUCGGGACCGUCGAUAUCACCACUUCCAUCACCCUUACACUUCUUUUCCGGUCUCUCGGGGCCAUUAUCUUCGGGAUCCUAGCGGAUCGCUAUGGGCGCAAGUGGACUCUCGUCGGAAAUCUGAUCCUGAUUUGCGUUUUUGAGCUCGCCACUGGCUUUGUCAACACAUUUUCCGCUUUCCUCGCCGUUCGAGCUCUCUUCGGUAUCGCGAUGGGCGGAAUCUGGGGUCAGUCAGCGGCCACUGCGCUCGAGAACGUACCCGUCCAGGCUCGAGGACUGCUUUCGGGCAUUCUCCAGCAAGGCUAUGCCUUUGGAUACCUUCUGGCGGCCGUCAUCAACCUCACUGUCGUCCAGACCUCUCCGUACGGCUGGCGAUCCAUCUACUUCAUCGGUGCCGGCUUCUCCCUUGCGGCCGCAAUCGUCCGUGCGCUCCUGCCCGAAUCCCGGCAAUUCUUGCUCGCUCGUGAAGAGGCCAAGGAGCGACAAAUGACUUCUGGCCAAGCAACCAAGUCCUUCUUCAGGGAGAUGGGAGCCAUGUUCAAGAGUAACUGGAUCCGCUGCAUCUGGGGUGUCUGCAUGAUGACCGGUUUCAACUUCCUCUCGCACGGGUCGCAAGAUCUCUACCCCACCUACCUCCAAGUCACCAAGGGCUUCUCCUCCCCUCUUUCGUCCAAGACUACAAUCGUCUCCAACUGUGGCGCCAUCGUCGGCGGUACCAUCGCCGGCUACGUCUCCCAAUACACCGGUCGUCGUCUCGCCAUCCUCAUCACCCUUUGCUACACCGCGUGCUGGAUCCCUCUUUGGAUCCUCCCCGACUCCUUCGCCGGACUCACCGCCGGCGGUUUCUUCAUGCAGUCGGGCGUCCAGGGCGCAUGGGGUAUCGUACCCAUCUACCUCUCGGAAAUUGCCCCUCCCGCGUUCCGCGCCAGUUUCGCCGGUGUCGCCUACCAGCUCGGUAACAUGGCUUCGUCCGGUGCCUCGCAGAUCGAGGCCGACGCCGGUCGGUCUCUCAAGCUUGCGGGCACCCAGAUCGCCGACUAUGCUACCAUCCAGGGUAUCCUCAUUGGUGCUGUUAUCGCGUGGAUGGUCGUUUGCGUGUUCCUAGGGCCGGAGGCGAACGGAGCCCACUUUGAGCAGGCCAAGGUGUCCUUCCAGGAUGGUGCGGGUGCGGCUAGGGCGACGGAGCUUGUGCACAGGGGAGACCACGAUGGUGAUGCUCACCUCGAGAAGGGAAGGGAGGAGUUUGUUGAGCGUAGGUAG